GAGAGAGAGAGAGACAGAGAGGGAGAGAAGGGCUUUUUCCUCUCCCUCCCCCUCCUCCUCCUCCUCCUCCUCCUCCUCCUCCGCCUCUUUCUCUCUCUCUUCCUCUCCUUUCUUGCUUCAAAAUAAAGUGUGUAACUCUCUCUCUCUCUCUAUCUAUAUAUAUAUACACGUAUAGCCAACUCCUUAAAGGUCUCUCCUUUUCCUUUCUCUUCACAGAAAAGUAAGUGGAAGACGCUGCCAUGGCCGAUUCCGGCGACCAGAAGAGGCAUUCCAUUGUAAAGCUCGCUCUUUUCGUGGGCUUCGGAGACUCCGCGGCCGCCGCCCGCUCACCCCGUAGCUUUGCCGCCGGCGACGGCGCCGUGGGCCUCGCCAUCGUCGCCGCCAUGAGCGCGGCCGCCGAGGAGCCGGGCGCGGUCCUGACCCGGUCCGAGCCGAUCCCGAUCGGCGCCGUGGUGGCGAAGCCCGGGUUGAAGGCCGCCUCCCCGAAGAAGGGGGAGGCGGGGGAGGACGUGGAGCUCUCCGAGAGCUACACUUGCGUGAUCUCGCACCUCGGAGGCAACAGGGUGAAGAAAAGGGUCUACUUUGGCGAUGGCGACGACGGCAUGCUCUUCGAGCCUCCACCGCCUCCGGAGUUAGCGGAGCCGCCGUUCGUGGUGGCUGAGUUCCUGAGGUGCUGCUUCCUCUGCAAGAAGAAACUCGACGGAAUGGACGUCUACAUGUACAGAGGAGAGAAGGCCUUCUGCAGUGAAGAGUGCAGAUACCAGCAGAUGCUACUAGAUGAACUCGGCGAGAAGUUUAGCUCUGGAGCACUGAAGAACUGCGAAUGCUCUACGGUUCCCUUCCGUGUUACAACUGGUGUUGCAGCUGCUUGAUCAUACCAAGUAGUAAAACUAAAAGGAUACGAAAGAUGAAUAAGUGGAAGGGUUAAAGGAGUUGAUAACAGAUACUUCCAGUAUAAAUACAGUAUUCAUAGAGGAGUGUAUGUACCAAGAAUGGAAUACAUAAGUUCCAACAUAUAUGAAAGAAAACAUUAAAGAUUUUGGACA